AUGCUCGCGAAGCGUGUCCCGACCGCAGCACCGCUACACGCAGGAGGCGGCGCUACUGAAAUAGCGCGGGCCGCAGGCACGGCCUCGGUCGCAAGCCACUUCUCCGCACGCGUCGCCCCGAUCCUCUUGCUGCUCACGCUGUCGACGCUGCCGCUCUCCCGCGUGCACAGCGUCAGCUCGUCCGUUGCCGGCGCUCAGCCCGUGCUGCAUGCCAGCAGCCGCGACAGCGAGGAUAGGAGGCUGCUGGAGGAUAUCACAGAGUCACCUGCGGCGGCGCUGCUCGCACUGCCUCCAGGAGAGCGGCAGUGGCAGGAGUCGUUGCAGCGUCUGGAGGACGAGCGGCUCGAGCAGUGCCGCGCCGCGCGCAUGUUUGACUUGGAGCACUUGGAGUGCGGUUAUUAG